AUGCAUAUCACAGUCAUACUGCUAGCAAUCUUUGCAAGUUUGCCGGUGGCUUUAAUGCAGCAAACAUUCGAAAAUCAUCAAGAUGAAUAUGACUCACCUAGCCCAGAAUGGAUAAAAUAUCAAAGGGAGAGAUACGAUCCCAAAUACAACAAGGUCACAUCAACAGUAUCGGCCACACAUAAUUUAGAGUGCGAUGAAAAUACCCAACCUAAGAAAAAGCAGACUUCCAGAAAAAAUAGUGAACGCCGUGAACAACAAAUGAAUGAACAAGAGAAAGUGGCAACGGACGACGCAAGUGAACAAAAGCAAUCGAAAACUGAUGAUUCUAAUGAGUUGAAAUAUCCCUCAAUUCAGGGUUUCAUAGCCUUCAUAAAUUCACUCCGGCAUACAUGGGCUAAGAAAUCCUUAUUUUCCAUUGAAGAUAAAAUACAAUUUCUAUACAAUCUCAAGGACUCUUUGAUGAGAACUAUAGAGAAACAAUUCUUUACCAUAUGGCCAGACAAUGAUGAUGACGACCAUAAAUAUCGAUCGGUACGUCGUAAACGAGGCCUUUUAGAUGAAUCAAACAUAGAUUUUCCCCCUGAAGCCGCUUUGAUGAGCAUCAAUUUUCUAACUUUUGCUGUUUUUCUAAUAAAAUUAGUAUUACAAGUGGUCAACAUUAUCAAAAAUAAACACGUUCAGUAUACUGCUAUGGACAUGGGCACAGAAACUGUUACAACUGGCUAA